AUGGAUGCAAAAAAUGGGUACUGGCAGGAGGCUGUGGAAGAGGAAGGAGAGGCCCUAAGGAUCCUAGAGGUACCCAACAUCCCAGAGGUGCCCAACGUCCCAGAGGUGCCCAACGUCCCAGAGGUGCCCAACGUCCCAGGAGAUGCCCAACGUCCCAGAGAUGCCCAACGUCCAGAGGUGCCAACGUCCCAGAGGUGCCAACGUCCCAGAGUGCCCAACGUCCCAGAGUGCCCACACCGUCCCAGAGAUGCCCAACGUCCCAGAGAUGGCCCAACGUCCCAGAGGUGCCCAACAUCCCAGAGAUGCCCAACGUCCCAGAGGUGCCCAACGUCCAGAGAUGCCCAACGUCCCAGAGAUGCUCACAGUCCAGAGAUGCCCAACGUCCAGAGAUGCCAACGUCCCAGAGGUGCCCAACGUCCCAGAGUGCCCAACGUCCCAGAGGUGGCCAAACGUCCCAGAGGUGCCCAACGUCCAGAGGUGCCCAACGUCCCAGAGGUGCCCAACGUCCCAGAGGUGCCCAACGUCCCAGAGUUGCCAACGUCCCAGAGAUGCCCAACGUCCAGAGGUGCCCAACGUCCAGAGGUGCCCAACGUCCCAGAGGUGCCCAACGUCCCAGAGGUGCUCAACGUCCCAGAGGUGCCAACGUCCCAGAGAUGCCACCGUCCCAGAGUUGCCCAACGUCCCAGAGAUGCCCACGUCUCCACGAUAGGCAGGCUCAGGCGCCCGGUCAGAGCUCAUCAGCCAGUCUGCCCGCCCGCCUGGCUACUCGCCCCAAGCCGCAACCCGCCGAGCCCGCCCACGCCCCCACCCGCCACUCAGCGCCAGCCCGAUAGCCCACCCCCCUCCAAGCCGGCAGCCCCCGCCCCUAGGAGCCACUCUCGACAGGAGCAGAAGGGUGCCCACGGUCCCAGAGGUGACCCAACGUCCAGAGAUGCUCACGUCCCAGGAGAGGGGCCCAACGUCCCAGAGAUGCCCAACGUCCCAGAGGUGCCCAACGUCUGA